UUCGUGAAUGUCGCGACAAAUCUCGCUGGACGAGCUUCGCGCACAUGGACUGCGGGAUCGAAUUGAAGCAUCGUCAUCCAGCAAUCCUGCUCCAACCACCAUGAUGGGGCGUCUGCAGGCAAUGCGCGAGGUCGAGCGCAAGCUCGUGGAAGAAUUCACUGCCGCGGACCCCAAGCCCACCCUGUGGAUGGCCCUUCACGGCAAAGUCCUUGACGUGACGACAUUUGUAACAAUGCACCCUGGUGGUCUCAAAGUCAUCCUGUACUACGCCGGAAGCGACGCAACUGGGCCCUUUGCAACUAUUGCACAUUCGCGAUCCGCUCAUACAAUGAUUGAGCGAUUCACUAUUGGCGAGCUUGUUCCAUGACCAACCUGCACGAAUCUUCAUUCAUUC